UUAAAUGUGUGAACAGAAAAUUCCAGUGCAAAUUGAAUAUUAUUUCUUACCGGUAUUAAACAUACGGAGUGGAACGAUGAGUAAUCGCCGCAGCCGGUUCAGUUUGUCUUUAGUUCGAAGAUCAGAAUCUCCAAAGUCUCCGAUAGGUGAGCUUAAUAUUUCAACAGAUUCAGGAUGUAGCACUCCUCGAAAUACUCGAAAACGCGGCAAUUCAUUCAAAAGCGAUUCACCAGUGCCAUAUGAAUGUGAUCAUUCCCCUAUACCAAUGUCACAAGAUGCAAGCAAUCUUGUAUCUGGCGUAUCUUGGGCCUGGAACAGUCCGAAACGAGCCAUUGCAAAUGAUCAUAGACUUCGUCAAAAGCCAUUAAGCAGUAGCAAUCAAAUUUCAUACAAGGAUCCAGAAUCUUCUCGGUCUUAUCGGAAGAUAGGGUCCGACAAGCUAACCGGGUUUUAUAGGUUCCAGUCAGAACUAAAACUUUUGCAAGAACGUGAUGAACCAACUAGUGAUCCAUUUGAGGUGCAAAAAACACUAAGUUGUUCCUCGAUGCAAGUCGUACCACCAACAUCACCUCCACCCUCUCCCGACGGAGAUAAUUUGUUCCUGAUAAAAAACCCGAACAACAAAACAUCAGCAAAGAAACAAAGGCGUGAAUCACUUAUUGUUAAACCUAGAGUUAGCUCAGAAGUAUCGGAUUCGUUCAACAACUCAGAUUUUGAUAAUUUAUUAUUGCAAGCAAGCCAAGCUGUUGAGCGUGAUGAAUCAACUAGUGAUACAUUUGAGGUGAAAAAAACACUAAGUUGCUCCUCGAUGCAAGUCAUACCACCCACAUCACCUCCACCCUCUCCCGACGGAGGUAAGCUCCAGCAUAAAAAUGUGAAUAAGAAAACUUCAGCAAGGGUUCAUUCGUUCAACAAUUCCGAUUUGGAUAAUUUAUUAAUGCAAGCAAGUCAAGCUGUAGAACAUCAAUUCGACGCUACAGUUAUAUUGCCGAAGCGACCAAACUUGACCACGUUAACUGCUGAAGAGCAACAACCUGAAAAAAGUAGAAACUUCUUCAAAAGUAGAACCACCGAGAACUUCGACUCAAAUAGUGAUGACUCGUUCCCAGAAUCUGAACUCGAGCUGCUAUUACAACACGUGGUAUUGCCUGGAACAACGAAAAUCAACAGUGAAACUACACUGGAUAAUAAAGAUUCAAAGAAGCCUUCUGUUGGAUACUUGAGUAAAAGUAGUUUAUUGACGCGGCACAAAUCAAUGCCAGAAUCUCCGAGCCACAAGAUAACCAACUCUAGGACCAGGAAUACGAAAACAGGUGUGCAGUCUCCUCUCUCAAUAUCCAGUUCCUCAAAUGGUUCAGUAAUGUUUGUACCUAAUGAAAAUGAUGUGGUUGUCAUCGCUUCAUCCAGCGGUAGUUUAUCAUUGGCGAGCUCAAGUACUACAGAUCCAGCUAGGAAGUGUUCUAAGGAGGAAAUCGAACAAAAACGUCAGGAAGCACUCAAACGGCAGGCCAGUCGCCUGAAACGGCUCAUGCAGGGAAAUCAUUCGCAGAGCGAUGCAACAAUCUUUAAAUUGUAACUGAAAUGAUGUUUUUAUUUUGGAGAUUUAUGAUUGUUGAGUUUAUUAAGUUUUAAUUACUUCAAGGG